UCCCUCACCACCCCACCCCACCCCAGCAAAGCAGCCUCACCUCGGCCUCGGCGUGCGCGUUCGGUCAAAACCCACCGCGCCGCUGCCAGCCUCCCCCCAAAACGCCACUACAAAUCUCGCACAUUCCUCCCACCAGAGCGCUCGAGCGUGCCCGGGACGACGGAAGCGGAAAGGCGGUGCCUCCGAGCUCGAGGGGUCACGAGCUAGUUGACGGAACGAACGAUGGGGAUGGGGGACGACUCGGACGGGGAGGCGGAGGAGUACCUGUUCAAGGUGGUGAUCAUCGGUGACAGCGCGGUGGGCAAGAGCAACCUGCUCUCCCGCUACGCGCGCAACGAGUUCAACCUCCACUCCAAGGCCACCAUCGGGGUCGAGUUCCAGACGCAGAGCAUGGACAUCGACGGCAAGGAGGUCAAGGCCCAGAUCUGGGACACCGCCGGCCAGGAGCGCUUCCGCGCCGUCACCUCCGCAUACUACCGCGGGGCCUUCGGCGCGCUCCUCGUCUACGACAUCUCCCGCCGGGGCACCUUCGACAACGUCGGACGAUGGCUCCAGGAGCUCAACACACAUUCUGACACUACGGUAGCCAAGAUGUUGGUGGGCAACAAAUGCGAUCUGGACAACAUCCGUGAAGUGCCAGUGGAGGAAGGCAAAGCACUUGCCGAAUCUGAGGGACUCUUCUUCAUGGAGACCUCAGCCCUGGACUCGACGAACGUCAACACAGCAUUCGAGCUCGUCAUCAAGGAGAUCUACAACAGCGUGAGCAGGAAGAUCCUGAACUCCGACUCUUACAAGGCCGAGCUAUCCCUGAACAGGGUGAGUAUCGAUGACAGCGACUCAAAAGACGGGCAGAAGCAAACUAGCCGGUUUGGGUGCUGCUAGCCAAUCUUGGUACAUUGUUGACUAUUGGGCUUUACUGGGAUGUGAUGAUUUUUUUUGGUCAUCGGUAUUGUUUGUAAACAUGUAACCCAAAAUUGGAUUCUAGUUCUGUUACACAUCUGAGUUACAGAGGAGGAUAGUUGUGUUAAUGCAAGAGUGGAGACGGACUGUUUCUCGCCUUUCACCGAAA